AUGUCUGCUCCGCGGCCGUCCCUCAAACUCACCUUUGGCAAGAAGAAGACGCCCAAUGAAGAGCCUCCUCAAGAACCUCCGGCGGAACCGCAGACGGCCAACCCCGACCCUCCUCAGCCCAAGCUCACGCUGAAGUUUGGCCCGCAAAAACUUACUGGAGGCGAUGAUGGCGGCGACAAGGCAAAGAAGAAACGCCCUCCUAAGGAGCAGCCUGAAGCGUCCAAGAAACGACGCGCUGACGCCGCCUCCGGUGACGAGUCGGACGCCGAGCCUGCGGAGGAGAAGCCAGGUCCCAAACGCCUCAAGCUGAACCCAUCCAAGCAGCCUGGCGUGCAAUCGCUACGGAUCAAACACAAGGGCUCGGUGCCUCAUCGACCGCUGGGUGUGGGCUAUGACUCGGAAGCCUCUGAUACGGAGGUAGACCCCUCGAUUGAGGAGAACUUUAUCCUACGGAUGGUGCCAGGCGAGGACUGCGAAUACCUCCGGCAGGUGAUCAACGAGAGACGUAUUGACCGCGCACAGGUGGCUUUCAAGCCCCUGACCCGGGAAGGACGGCGCGCGAUCUUCAGGAUACGCGAUAGACAAUACGCCGCCACGCUCGUGGACCUGCCUUGCAUCGUCGAGGGAAUGAAGAGCUGGGACAAACGCUCCUUUUACAAGGCUGGAGAUAUCUGCCAGAUGCUCCUCGUCCUUGGACCCGUCCAGAAUGAGAAAGAAGCCAUGGAAUAUCCGCUUCCAAAGGAGGUGGACGUGCUGGACGAGAAGACCUACCAGUACCCGCAUGGCCUGACGCCACCGCUGAAAUGGGUGAGAAAACGCCGGUUCCGUGACCGCAUUAGCACCCGCACGAUUGAACAGGUGGAGAGAGAGGUUGCGGAUUUGAUUGCUAAGGAUGAGGCUGCUCUGAAGCCGCCUAAGUUUGAGCUGGUUGACGGUGGUUCACUGUCACGAGCGGAGGGGAUGGUACAGAGCGGAGCGUACGACGAGGAGUACGACGAUACGCAGGAUGCAGAUGGGGAGGUGGAAGAGGACAUGCAGGCAGACGCAGCUGGGGAAGACGACCUCUUCGAGGAUGACCUCGCUGCGGAGAUGGAGGCCGCACUCGCCGCCGGAGCCGACGAAGAGGCUGGAGCCGCAGAGACUGCCUCUACUCCAGCGGCCGACCAGGCCGCUACACCGUCCGCCACCAAGGCAGCGGAAGAUACAUCAGAUGACGAGAGUGACGACACCGAAGGCGGAGGGGCUCCAGAGGCGGAGCUCGACGAGGAGCAGCUGGCACAGCAGCGCGAGCUCCAGGAGAAACGGGAGAUGAUUGCCGAGAUGGAAGAGCUCAUCCGGGAAGAGACGGCGCGGUGGGAGAGACAGACCAAUUCGAUCUUGAAGAUGAAGAUGGGAAAGCGCGUGCAACAACUGAAGCAAGAUCUGGCCCUGAAGAAGGCGGCGAUCGGCGAGAGCGAAGCAGAUACUUAG